AUGAGAACGAUCAAUUGGGAAGAUCGUCGACUCAACGUACUAAGUCUUAUGUUUUUUCCUUUUGAAACAAAACUGAUCCGUAUCAUAGACACACCCGGAAUAAACGAUACACAAGGUGCAAUUAUUAAGGAUCGUGACAAUUUCCAGAAUAUUCUUGAUUAUAUUGGACAGUUGUCAAAUCUGCACGCUAUUUGCUUUCUGAUGAAGCCAGAUGUAACAGCGAUUACAGCCGUAUUUAGAUAUUGUCUCGCUGAGCUCUUAUCACGAUUAAAUCGAUCUGCUGCCAACAAUAUCAUAUUUCUCUUUACACGCACGCGCAGUACUGAUUAUCGUGCACCGGAAACGAUUAACUGUUUGAAAAAGCUUUUAGACGAAAUAGCCAAAAAGGAAGGUGUGACUAUACCACUGCGCUACAAAACAACUGAUCAUAGAAACUGUUUUUUCUUUGAGAAUGAAGGAUUUAAAUAUCUUAUUGCAAGACAGCAGGGUCUUCAAAUGCUGAACCCGGAACAACAUGAGAAAAGUUGGGAAGUCUCAUACAAUUCGACCUGGGACCUUAUAAAGUAUAUCGUGGGAGAUGAAAAACAUCCAUCGUUGCCACCGCAUGAUGUUCAACAGACUGUUUCGGUUAACUGUGCGCGUCAAUUGAUCUUAGAAUUGGCCAAACCAUUGGCCGAUCUUAGCGAUCUAACGGAAGACAACGUCCACGCACUCCAGGUUCAUAUUGAAAAGAUUAAAAAGGAAAACAUUACAGCAGAAGAACUCAAACAAAAAUUGUACAUACCCUUUGUAAGUUUGGAUGUCAAGAACCUAGAACAAGCUGUAACAGUUUGUACUGCACUCAAAUGUUCAGAGAUCUAUAUGGUGGGAGACAUUAAAAAAAAACAUUACAAGGAAAGAUGCCACAAUCCCUGUUAUUUAGAAGGAGUUUCAGCGGACAUAAUAGGUGAUCCAAUAUUGAUGGGAUGUGCAGCAAUGAAUGGCAACAACUGCAAGGAAUGUGGAUGCCAUUACUCAUUGCACAUGCAUGUCUAUUAUGAAACAACAACUGUCGAGACAAAGAUUAAAAAUGAAACGGUAGUGUGGAAGCUUGCCACUCAAGAGGACGUAAUUAAAGCGCAACGUAAUCAAAUCUGUUUGUUGGAAAAGCGUAAAGCAGAGUACAUGAACGAACACAAAGAAAUUACCACGGCAUUAGCAACCUUUUCAUUCUUUCUAUGUAACAAUUCUAUAUGUCCAAUUAAUGAUGCUUAUGAAGAUUAUUUAAAUGUUUUAAUUCAGAAUGCGAAGAGAAAAGAUUCAUUGGAGAGCAGCAUAGUGGAUCGCUACGAGUCACUAAAAAAAGAAUACAUCGAAGAGAAACGUCAAAUUACCGAAGCAGCCAAAUUGGCGAAGGCACAGAAUAUCACACAUGUCAAUUCAAAUCAGAUUCUGAAAACCUACAAACGCCUGAUUAAUUUGUCACAUUCGGGAAAAACAAUUAAUAAACUACACAAAAUAUUCAAACAGGGCAGACACAACGAACAGAUUAAGAAUAUGCAAUACGUACACACCAAAAUAUUUCAAACACCAAUUCCAUCUGCUGUAAAAAUAAUGCCAAAAAAGCAGAAAUCAGAAAACCCAGAAACUGCAGAAAAUGCUAUGAACGUAGGGCAAGAUACAAAAAAUACCGCACAACUACCGAUUGAAUAUGACAAUGAUAUCACAUUAAACGAAAAAAAUCAACUUAUUCCGAUGGAAGAUAUAAAAAAUGAAUUAUGUCAAAUAGCGUAUACCGAUUUUACAGCUCAAGGGGAGGUACUUAAUGACAAAAACAGUUUGUCGGUGAUAGAUUCAAAUUCACGCGGGGGCGAAACAAAAUCGGAUAAUACCGAGAACUCAAACGAUGAAAUUAGUUUAAGUGAUAUGCAACAGUACUCGUAUAUUGCUAAGCGACGAGUUCAAGUGCAAGAUGAGCCACCGAAACUAAAAUUCAUAUGGGAGUGGUUAAAGACUAAGCUCCAUUAUUUCAUCCCUGAGAGCUGGAUCACUACAACUGUUAAAACUGACACAAAAAAUAUUCAUUAAAUUUUAUAUUUGGCAAAUAAUCUUAAAAUACUAAGUAACAAAAUUUAUUGUAUUGUAGUUGUAGUAUUGUAUAUAAGUUUUAAUCAAAUUUCUGUUUCCCAAAUAGAAAUCAUCUUUUCAAUAGCACCUUGAUUUGAAAACAAGAUAAGAACCCUCAAUUAUUUGCCAACAUUAUUAUCAUUAUAAUUCUUUAAAAUUGAUUUAUUUACACUGUACAUGAGAAUGUACCUAAGCGUUAACACAAAUAAACUAAAUUGUGAGUGA